CAGAAGGCGGGCUUCCUUCUACACCUCCGUGUGUGUGUCCUUUCGUGCGACCCAUCAGAGUUUGAGGCGGAGGAAGUCGACUGUGGUGAGGAGUAAAAGUGAGAGAAGCAGGGGCUGUUUGGGAUCUCCUUCAAGUAGCAGGUAUCUUCUGAACUUUUGGUGCAGAGUGCCAGUCAGGAUGAUUCUGGCGACAUUGAAAGGCAUCGGGAAGCAGCUCCUGCGCGUGAAGGUUGUGGACUGUAAUGCAGACGAGUCUCGCUUGUCUCGGUGCCUCAACACCUUCGACCUGGUGGCUCUGGGUGUCGGCAGCACACUCGGCGCUGGUGUUUAUGUGCUCGCCGGAGCCGUAGCCCGCGACAGUGCCGGUCCGGCCAUCGUCCUCUCCUUCCUCAUCGCUGCUCUGGCUUCUGUCCUGGCUGGUCUGUGCUACGCCGAGUUCGGAGCCCGUGUCCCCAAAACCGGCUCAGCUUACCUCUACAGCUACGUGACGGUCGGAGAGCUGUGGGCCUUUAUCACCGGCUGGAACCUCAUUCUGUCCUAUGUCAUUGGAACUUCGAGUGUGGCCAGAGCAUGGAGCGCAACCUUUGAUGAGCUGAUCGGUAGGCAAAUUGAGGACUUUUGCAGACGGUACAUGACCAUGAACGCACCAGGAGUCCUGGCACAAUAUCCAGACAUCUUUGCUGUGUUCAUCAUUCUCACUCUGACAGGACUGCUUGGGUUUGGAGUGAAAGAGUCAGCUUUGGUUAAUAAAGUUUUCACCUGCAUCAACGUACUGGUGCUGCUGUUUGUCGUCAUCUCUGGUUUAGUUAAAGGAAACCUGAAAAACUGGAGUGUGAAUCCCAAAGAAAUCCUCAAUGGCACCAUAAACUCAAGCCUCAAUAUGUCUGAUUCCUUACCAGAAGAGGAGAGUCUUGGUCAGGGCGGCUUCAUGCCUUUCGGCUGGGCUGGAGUCCUUUCUGGUGCCGCCACAUGUUUUUACGCCUUUGUAGGGUUCGACUGCAUCGCCACUACAGGAGAAGAAGUGAAGAAUCCCCAGAGGGCCAUCCCCAUUGGGAUCGUGACCUCCCUUCUAAUCUGCUUUGUGGCGUAUUUCUGUGUGUCCGCGGCACUCACCGUGAUGAUGCCGUACUACAUGCUGGACAAGAACAGCCCUCUGCCGGUGGCCUUUAAGUAUGUGGGCUGGGAGGGAGCCACUUAUGCAGUGGCCAUUGGCUCGCUAUGUGCGUUGUCGACCAGUUUACUGGGCUCCAUGUUCCCAAUGCCCAGAGUGAUCUGGGCCAUGGCAGAAGAUGGCCUGCUCUUCAAAUGUUUGGCUAAAAUCAGCCCGCGAACCAAAACCCCUCUAACCGCUACAGUAACAUCAGGUGUUGUGGCAGCCAUCAUGGCGUUCCUGUUUGACUUGAAGGACCUGGUUGACCUCAUGUCCAUCGGCACUUUGCUGGCUUACACUCUGGUGGCUGCCUGUGUGCUGGUCCUCAGGUACCAGCCUGAGCAGCCCAGCGCCGCCUAUGAGAUGGCCAACACCCAGGACGAACCUGAAAUGGCUGAAUCGUACAUCGACAUCUUACCUCAGCCAGAGGAUCGAUUCACCAUCAAGAACCUUUUUUUUCCGUCUAACACUGAACCGUCUCCUCUGUCUGGGUUUACUGUCAACAUCUGCACCAGCAUACUUGGUAUUUUAGUGUGUAUUUUCGGUGUUGUCGCAGUUAAUGGAGGCCUGGCCGUCUGGUCUGUUACCAUCCUCACUAUUGUCAUGGCGAUCGGCCUGUUUCUCACCUUAAUUGUAUGCAGACAGCCGCAGAGCAAAGCCAAACUCGCCUUCAAGGUCCCUCUGCUGCCCUUCAUCCCAGUCAUCAGUAUGUUUGUCAAUGUGUACCUGAUGAUGCAGCUCGAUAAAGGGACUUGGCUGCGUUUUGCCAUCUGGAUGGUUUUAGGCUUCGUUAUCUACUUCAGCUACGGCAUCCGCAACAGUACAGAGGCAGCAUUGAGCAGGUCCGACGCCUACACGCCUUCCUGCUCAAUAAAAGGAGAGAUGAUGGCCAUGGAGAAGGAAGCGUUCCUGCACAACACGACAAACUCCGCUCCAGAUGAUGAGGACGAAGAUUCCUGAGCAAAGAGGAGGUGCUCUGAUCUUGACUAGCUCUGUUCUACGAAUGAAACGUGUUAAAUUCUCCAAAAUAGCUGCAAGUCCAUUAGACUUAUGGAGACUUUUUUUUUUUUUUUCUGGCACCCGUCCAAUCAGAGUAUUGAAGUGUUUCCUUAUUCUAGCCAAAAUAUUGUCUGUUGUCAUUUUUCAAGUGAAACUACAGGAAUCUUGAUACUUCCGAAAACCAAGAUUUUAAUUAGAAAGAUGUCUUGGUUUUUUUUUUUGUUUUGCUUUGUUUUUUACCUAAAUUAUCUUUUAUAUUUUAUGCAGUUUUAUAUGAUCAGUUUCACUAAACACAACUAAGUCUGUGGACAAAACACAAGCAGUUUUAACAAAGCUUUACCUUGGCAUCUACAUACAUAUGUUUGCUGUUAAACUUCAAUUUGGCUCCAAUUGAUAUUAUAUUAGAUUUUAUAUUAUCAUAUUGAGAGGUCAGAAUUUCACCGAGCUGUUAUGUUGGCUGUUUAUGUAAAAAAAAAAGAAGUGUUAACUAGAGAGGUAGUAGACUGAGCUGAGAAUUUCACUGAAUCUUCGUUGCCUUUUGUGCCAGAUGUCCUAUUUGUAUUUAUCUCUAAGGUUCAGCUUUUGGAGUUUUAACUAUGCAUUUUGUUACUGAGGAAACAUAUAGAAAGCACAACUCUGCAGCUGUUUUAUAUAUGAACUAUACAGCUCAGAGAAUUACAACAUGGUGCUAUAAACAAUCCGGUAGAGGUCUCCGUUUUUAGUGUAUCUCCACGUGAGAGAGUUGAUGACUUUGUCUUCGGUACCGAUUGACAGCACUCAUUAACCUGAGAUCAAAAACACCAGUGUUGUCUCCAUCAGGGAAUUGCACUUUUUAAGUAGCCAAAGAAAUAAUAAAAAAAAAGAAGCUGCUAAUGUGAAUUGAUUUAUCAGAUGCUUUAAAGGAUAUAUAUUAAGUGCCUAUUUCCCGAAUGAAUGUAAAGCCUUUAGAGGACUGAUAUUCCUCUUAACACCAGCUGGCUUUGUGAAAUAUACAUACUGUAUAUUGUCUGUAUAUAAAGUACACUUUAGAUGUCUGAAAAGCUUAUAUUUAUAAUAUGGGAGAAAUUUUGCCUUCGUGGAUCAUUUUCACAUUUUAGUGCACAUACAUUUGGACUGUUAGUGAUCAGUGAUAUUGCACAUCUGCUGUUUACAUACUGAUUUAACUCACUCUGUUUUGCUCCCUUUAAUCUUGAAAAGACUAAAUUCAUACUGUACAUCCAGAAAAGCGCACCGCAGCGAUAGUCGCGCUGUAACUCAAGCAUUAAUGCACCUGUUUGUCGGAGAUGAUUGUGAAUUUUGGGGCAGCUAAAAUCCAACUGUGACGUGUGUGUGUUCACUAAAAACUGAAAAUGCUACAAGGUGAAAAAAAAAAUCCCUUUUAAAUCACUACUUUUAAUUCACCCUGGUGAGUUCAUCCCACUCUGAUGCAUCUAUUUAUGUACAUUGAGAGAAGCUAUUGAUAUAAUCUGAUGCCAAAUUCUAUUAAUUUGAAUUGGAUUAUGCGUCGGAACCAUGUUGCUAUUCAUUGACAGUUGCUGUAAAUGUUUCUUCAGCACUGAAGAGUUAAAAAUACCAGAAAACCAUGUAAAUACACACAGUGCCUGUAACUUUAUUAGAUUUCAGUAUAUAUAAGCGAGAAUUUUUUUUUCCCGUUGAUUUGUUUUGUAAAUACCAUGCAUUAUUUCCUGGGAAAUGUUUAGUUCAAUAGGAUGUUACAUGUAAGCUUGGUUCUUUAUUAUGAAAUCAAAUGCAUUAAUGUCUGUUCAGAAAUGUUGAUUUUUGAACGUUUUAUUUCAGUCUGUGUAAAUACAGUUGUGAUCCUGCUUUUAAAGUUACUGCCUGGCUGUUAUAUGAACUGACACCGAUUGUGCCCUCUGCUGAAUGUUUCUCCUACACACUGUCCGUUAAAACAUUUGCAUGCUGCACAAAUCCUUAAAGUACAGAUUUUAUAGUGCUGUUAUUUUAUAACGGUGUGUCAGAGCAGAGGGCAGACGGGUCACCAAAUGUUGCCUUGAUAUUGGUUGUGGUUUGUAUGGUUCCUGCUGUAAAUAAAUAAGGCUGACCGUUAAACUGCA